CUAACGGCGAGAAGAAGGGAAAAAAAGACGAAAACAGAUUGGCGUGAAUGGCACAAUAGGUGGUCGAUCAAAACUGGGAUCCCCCCAUGGAACGAACCCAUGCGGUCGGUCUCUUGUCAUGGGUGUGAAGCUACACACUCAGCUACACACCCUCCAUCACAUCCCAUCCCAUCCCAUCCAAAAUUCACCUUGUACCCCAGUACGGUCACCCGUCUUCCUUUAGGCCAAACACUGCCUCUUCCAGACAUGAAAUAUCAUUGGCUCCGUCAGGAAACAUACCAUUCCUUUCUGGUAUGCUGCCAAUACGGAAGAGAAAAGAAAAAUGAUUCAUCGGCCCUGGUAACGCAGGCACCCAAGGACCGAACAUGGGUCGGGAGGGAGAGGGAUGGCUUGAACCCCUGUCCCAAAAUUAUUAUUACACCACAAGACAAAAAAGAUGAGGGACGAAAAAAAAAAAAAAAAACUAUUACAAUGUACGUACAUAAAGUCCAAACGAGGAAUUUCGAUACUCCCAUACUUAAAGCACCGAACCCUACCCCCCCAUUCCUGGUAGUUUUACCUCUCUACAAGUACUACAUAGGUCUUGUUAGAUCGUGUUUCUUGAACCACCCUACGGAAUUCAACAAAGCGGCGUCAUAUACCAGGCACCAGUCACUUUUCGAAAUCAUACAAAUUCCCCAGGCUCCCCCCAUCCAUUCCAACCUGAGAUUCCUUUCCCGAUGCCCUCAUGUCUCUAGGCUCAGAAGUUAAACUCCCUAUCGAUUGUUCCGUCUCUGACACUGCCGACUGACCACACUACCGUGGCAUCUUACCCAAGGAUUAUCGUCAACAACUCUCUCUACAACCAUAAGCAUUCACCCGGAUUAGUCUCGACUGAAGUUAUCCCGACUC